AUGGCACUAAGAGGCACCCUGACUGAGUCUGAUGGUCUAAGCAAUAUUUCCCUUUGCUAUGAAUCUCUCAGUAGCUCCUGUGUGAAAUUCUUAUAUCCAACUGUGAUUCGUGUUCACCUUUAUGUCUUCCUCGGGACUGCAAUGGUGUUAACAGUGGUAGGUAACUUGCUGGUCAUCAUCACUGUUGUCCAUUUCAAACAGCUCCACACACCAACAAAUAUUCUCAUUCUGUCUCUGUCUCUGGCAGACCUGCUUGUGGGUGUUAUUGCAAUGCCCCCCAGUAUAGUGCGAUCGGUGGAAACAUGCUGGUAUUUUGGAACUUUGUUUUGUAAAAUACACGGGAGUGUAGAUAUAAUGUGCACUGCAGCAUCCAUUUUGAAUCUGACAAUGAUAUCUAUUGAUCGCUACUAUGCCAUAUGUCAACCUCUGCUGUAUACAUCUAAGAUGACAAUUCCAAUUGCACUAACUAUGGCCUUUGUCUGUUGGGCUGUAUCGGCUUCAUAUGGAUUUAUAGCUGUUUUUCUAGAGUUUAUUUCUUUGGGAAUAGAAGACUUUACAAGCAGCAUGACCUGUGAGGGCUGGUGUGGUUUGAUGUUCAGUUUGCCAUCGAGCGCUCUGGGAAGUUCACUGUUUUUCUACAUUCCGGGGACGUUACUCAUCAUCAUAUAUCUGAAAAUCUUUUUCAUUGCACAAAAACAAGCACAAUCAAUUCAAAGCAUGAAUCAAAAUGCCCAUUUAAAGCAGUCAUCGUGUAAAAGUGAGAAGAAGGCCACUAAAACCCUAGCAAUUGUAAUGGGACUUUUUCUAUUAUCAUGGGCACCUUAUGUUGUAGUGGUUACAGCUAAUGCAUAUCUUGGUUAUGUAACACCACUGUUGUUACUUGACAUAUUUGGCUGGAUUGGAUAUUUCAAUUCAACAUUCAAUCCUGUGGUAUAUGCCUACUUUUACAGCUGGUUCAGAAAGGCAUUUCAAAUAAUAGUGUCGGGUAAAGUAUUCCAUCAGGACUCAUCAAGAGCAUUGUUGUUUUGA